ACGCCGAGCUCAGCCCGCACUCUAAUGUCCAUCGUGUGGCCAACGCGCCGUCACGAGCGGGCACGCUUCUCCUUUUCUCGCGUUUAAUUCCCACGCGCCGCUGUGCCGUGUGGAGAGCCCCCCUCUAAGUCAUGUACCAACGUCCACCCGCCCCGACCAAAACCUUAGGCGUUCAAAAAUAACCGCUUUAUGUAUGCCGUCUUGAUCUAUUGAGGCUGCUUCGCUCCAGUGAUAUUCACCGCCGUCCCCAAAUCCAUGAACCCUAAAUACCCAUUUUAAACUGUGUUCAGUCGGGGCUUUGUGGAUUCUUGGGGUUUUUCUUCACGUCGACAUUUUUUUUAGAUUAAAAAGCGAAUUCUGUUCGCCGAUUGGUGCAAUAAUGGCGGAAGCUAAGACUGGUUUGGAUAGUAAGAAACACGGGGAGAAAUCCAAGGACCGAAAAAGAUGGAAUAAGAAAUUGGCGGUGAUAGGAGCUGUAGUGUUUUUGGCUCUGGCCAUUGCAAUAACAUCUAAGCAGGCAACGCAAUAUCACAAGUCUUGUCAAUGUUCUCAGGACUCUCGAAAAUAUACAGGUAUCGUUGAGGAUUGUUGCUGUGAUUAUGAGACAGUUGACAGUAUUAAUGGGGCAGUAUUGCAUCCAUUACUUCAAGAGCUCGUUAAAACUCCAUUCUUUCGAUACUUUAAGGUUAAAUUGUGGUGCGACUGCCCUUUUUGGCCUGAUGAUGGCAUGUGCAAGUUGCGUGAUUGUAGUGUAUGUGAAUGUCCAGAAAGUGAGUUUCCAGAGCCUUUUAAGAAGUUUGUACAGCCAGGUCUUCCACCGGACGAUUUAAAAUGCCAAGAGGGAAAGCCACAGGCAGCUGUUGAUCGCACUCUAGAUUCACAGGCUUUCCGAGGAUGGAUAGAAGUAGAUAAUCCUUGGACCAAUGAUGAUGAGACUGAUAACAGUGAGAUGACUUAUGUUAAUCUCCAACUGAAUCCUGAAAGAUACACUGGCUACACGGGGCCAUCAGCUAGAAGGAUAUGGGAUGCUAUAUACUCUGAAAAUUGCCCUAAAUAUUCAACAGGAGAAAUUUGUCCGGAGAAAAGAGUCUUAUACAAGCUAAUUUCAGGCCUUCACUCGUCGAUUUCUAUUCACAUAGCUGCCGAGUACUUGCUUGAUGAAGCUCAAAAUCUGUGGGGUAGAAACAUGGAGUUGAUGUACAAUCGUGUCUUGAGGUAUCCCGAUCGUGUGAAAAAUUUGUACUUCACUUUCAUGUUUGUUCUUCGAGCUGUGACAAAAGCUGCUAAUUACUUGGAGCAGGCUGAAUACAAUACUGGUAAUGUUGAGGCAGACCUGAAAGCGCAAUCCUUAAUGCGUCAACUGCUUUACAACCCAAAGCUGCAGGCUGCAUGCCCCCUCCCGUUCGAUGAAGCUAAAUUGUGGCAAGGGCAAAGUGGACCGGAACUGAAGCAGGAGAUUCAGAACAAUUUCAGGAACAUCAGUGCUCUGAUGGAUUGUAUUGGAUGUGAAAAAUGUCGACUUUGGGGAAAGCUUCAGGUUCUUGGUCUCGGAACUGCUCUCAAGAUUCUUUUCUCUGUGGAUGGUAAAAACCAUCUGAGUCAACCACUGGAAUUGCAAAGAAAUGAAGUAAUUGCUUUGAUGAACCUGCUGAAUCGACUAUCAGAGUCUGUCAACCUCGUACAUGAAAUUGGCCCUACCAUUGAGAAGACUACAGAGAACUUCACUUCAGAACACCCUAUCCUACACCGUAGCAGAUUGGAACAGACAUGGGAAGCAAUUAAAGAGUUUUGCAAUGUCUACCUUGCAGGUUAGCCAAUCUCCUACUGUAGCUUAUGCUAGUCUGCGGAAUCGUAUCAAUUUUUGAACAGUUUUUCGUACAGAGCAUCAUACAGAUACUAAUCGAUACAAGCAGCGAAAGGGGGAUUAACAUGAUGGGACUUGUUGAACUCUGUCCAAUGUAACAAUAUAUAUGCCUAUGAUCAGUUGGAAUUGUGAAACCUUACACCGGUCAUUGUAACAAACACAUGCUCGAGAGGGAAAUAUUGAUUUGUUCAUACUCA